AUGUCAUUCCGAGGCCACAACAGAUUCUCUCCGGUCAUAUCUUCUAGUCCAUCCCUAGAAUCAAAAGGCAUUAUCAUCCUUGCUGGUAAUUCUCACCCGGAUAUCGUUAAGCGAGUUUGCAAUCACCUGAGCAUCGAACCCGGUAAAGCCUUAGUUUCCGCUCAUUCCAACAAGGAGACGAAAGUUGAAAUUUAUGAGACGGUUCGAGGACGCGAUGCCUACCUCAUUCAAACUGGUACAAUGGAUGUUAACAACGAUAUUAUGGAGUUGUUGGUCAUGGCUUUUGCCUGUAGAGCCGCCUGUGCUCGGCGCAUUGUUGUGGUUAUGCCGUACUUGCCGUACUGCAAACAAAACAAAAUGCGCAAGCGUGGCUCCAUUACCUGCAAACUUAUUGCAAAGAUGAUUUGUUCGACCGGAGUUGACCAUGUGAUAACGAUGGAUUUGCAUUCCAAAGAGAUCCAGGGGUUUUUCGACGUCCCCGUGGACAAUCUUCGAGCAUCACCCUUCCUCAUCAGAUACAUUUGUGAGUCCAUACCCGACUACCGCAACUGUGUCAUAGUUGCUCGCAGUCCCAACGGUGUCGCCCGUGCAACGAGCUAUGCCGAACGCCUCAGGGUAGCCCUGGCCGUCAUACACGGAGUCGAUCGUGAGGACAUGGAGCAGACUGACGGCAGAACCUCACCACCGAUAGACAUGAACGAUGGCAGUACCAGGUAA